UGACAGAAUAUCGCUGGAAGAUGGCUCGUGUUCACAACUUACAAUACGGACGAGGCGUCCCUGUGUCAACCAACCGUGUUCAUCGAAUUCGCGUUGAUGAAGGGCAGCUACACAGUUUCCUAUCCUUUAUCACUAGCCCCCAUAUUGUGCAAGACCUGCCAUUUGGGCAGAGAUAUUUAAAACUAUCCAAUGGAGAAGUUCUGGAGACACCCAAUGUAAUUCGUUCACUGAUCACAUCUCGGAUAUGCGCACAGUAUAUUCAGUACUGUGAAGAGACGGCCUUCAAGCCAUUCAGUGAAGCGACAAUGAGGCGCGUUUUAUCGGCAUGUGCKGCGACAGAAAGAAAGUCGUUACAGGGUCUAGAUUAUUACCACGCAGAUGGUGCUAAAGCGUUCGAUGACCUGAGCAAGAUUGUGACGCAGGUAGAACCGGCCCGUGGGCGUGAAUGGGCAGCAAACUGUGAGAGAGCUCUACGGGAAGGCAAACAGUAUAUCAAGUCAGACUUCAAGGUUCAUAUAACAGAUGCAAAUCAAGUACCUGACCACUGCCUGGCGUACGCCCUAAGUAGUCCGAAGAAAGAUCCGAAGAAAGAUCCGAAGAAAGAUCCGAAGAAAGAUCCCAAAAAAGAUCCUUUUGCCAAAGCAUGCCAGCACCAGCAUGAGUUGUCUUGCUCAUCGUGCAAAGAGUUAAAGACGGUUCUUAAUGAAAUCAAGAACGUUGUAGCUCAGAGUGAGAGUAUACUCCCAUCCGUUGAUCAUUGGGAUGACAUCACUUUCAGAUGCAACCAAGCCAUGGAAGCUAUAUUCGCCUGGAAAUCUCAUGAGGUACGAUUUGUUCAGCAAGACAAACCUCGGCACUCAAUCAUGAACGAGCUAACCCCCCAAGAAGUUAUGGUCACAGAGGAUUGGGCCAUGAAAUUCCUCCCACAGAAGUACAGGGAAACUCAGUCCGACUGGUUCGGGAAGCGAGGGAUUUCAUGGCACGUAUCYGUURCCAGUCGCAAGACCUCCUCCGGAGACCUACAACAGCAAGCUUUCGUCCAUGUAGCAAAGAACUGCACUCAGGACACGGACUCUGUAAUAGCUAUCAUGGAGCACACACUGCGCACUAUCAAAACCGAAAACCCYGAAAUUGCUACAGCAUAUUUUYGCCAUGACAACGCCGGUUGCUAUCAUAGCGUCCCUUUGCUAAUAGCAUGUCAMMUUAUGGAAGAGGCAACCGGCAUUAAGUUCUAUGAGUUUAUAGGAAGCUUUGAUAUUUUCAGGUCGCUCGAGUCGACUUCAGUGAGCCUCAAGGAGGCAAAGGUUCGCGUUGCGUUAGUAGAUGCAAGUUCUGUGACUACUGUCAACACUGGUAAACUAGAGGGAAUCAGCACGCUGAAUAAUUUCAGUUAUAGCGAGGAUGGGCUGACUUGCUGGAAAGCACACGGCAUAGGCGAAGGAAAGACUGAAAAGUGGUCUAAACUUCAAGAUGCGGUUGAUUUAAGUGACAUCGUGAAAAUCGGGUGCUUCAAAGACAUACACAAUAGCGUCCGUCCAUUACCUGAACUUUUGAUUACCGACCGUGAUCCAUCAGAUGAAGUUUACAGCGGAAAGUCCAUUAACUGGGAAAAUUGGAAUUCCUAUUUAAAGGAUCUUGUGGCUCGAUGCGCCGAGGCUUCCAAGAGUAAAGGAUAUAAGACAUUCGGUAUUCAAUAUUAUGGAGAGUGUUGGUCAGGAGGUGAUGGAUACACAUUCGCUAAUGAGGGCUUGACGAGUACCUGCAUAGAUGAAUCGGGUGAAGAAUGCAACAACGAACAGGCUGAAGUGUGCGCUGGAAAAGCCAAUACUAAUUAUGUUUAUAUCAUCAAGUCCUAAACCAAGUACUUGCAUUAGGAAAUAUCAUAUGGCUUAUGAAUGCAGUUCAUAAAAACUAUGAAUGGAAGAGCUUUCAAGGAGUUCAGAAUUCUGGAAAACGAUUAUUUGAAAUUAAAGAUGUAAUGUAUUUUACUUCAAGCAAUUUUUUUCGGAAAAAAAUGGAUUUGAAAAUACGGUUUUA